UCAGGCGGUGAGUCGCGCGACGUCGGGCGGCGGAGGAGCUAGAGAGGCUGCAUAUAUAAGCGCCGCUCCCGCCCCCGCCCGCCAUAACAGUCACGAUCCGCCGUCGGUCCAUAAGGGAAGCCAAGACAGAGUGUUCUCGUUAUCUGCUUAAGAUGGUAUCCAUCAGCACUCCGACGACGGCGGUGCUGGUGGGCUACCUGGCCGCCGCCGCCCUCGCCCUCCCCGUCGCGGACGACUCGGCCGCCACGUCCUCCCGCAAGCGCCUCAGCGGCUUCGGCGACUUCGGGCACAUGGGGGCGGCGGGGGGGCCUCGGCAUCUCGCACGGCAUCAACGCCGGCCACGGCCUCAGCGUCGGGGUGGGCAUGGGGCACGGCCUGGGGGCUGGCGUCGGCCUGGGGCACGGCGCUGGCGCAGGGCUGGGCGUGGGCGUCGGGCCCGGCCACGGCAUGGGCGCGGGCGUGGGGCUGCAGCCGCCCAUCGACCAGAUGGAGGACAGGAACUACACGACGUCCACGUCCACGAUGUCAACCACCACGAUCGUCGGGCCCUACGACUACUACACCACGAGCACGACCACGCCGAGCCCCUACGUGUACACCACCAGGCGGUUCUUCCCGACGUCCACGUCGACCACCACGUCCGCCCCGACAUACCGCACCACGACGUGGCCGCCCUACAGGAUGUACACCACGUCAACAACAAGUGCCCCGACUACCACGACGCAACGGCCAACCACCACAACACCGAUGACGACGUCUACAACAUCGACCACAUAUUCGCCAACAUCCACAUCCACAACCACUUCCUCUCCAACGUCUUCCUCGACAACCACGUACACCACCUCCUCCUCCACCACAACACGAGCCCCAACCACCUCCACCUCGACCACCCGCCCUACCCGACGUCCUCGAGCACAACCACGCGCAUCCCGACCACAAGAUACUACAGACGAUCCACAACCACAAGGACCACCACCGCGCGGCCGCCGUCGUCUACCACACGCCCUUCCCGCUCCACCACACGGCUGGCGGCGUCGUCCUCCACCACUGCGAGGGUCCCGACGUCGCGCCCCACCGCCACGCCCUCCCCGACGAGGCCCUCGGUGGCCCCGACCGCCAGGAAGGGGGAGACGCCCAAACCCGCGCCCGUCGUCAUCAAGCUGCCCUUCUUCCCGCAGUUCCUCACCCAGACUCGGAGCAACUGAGGCGACUCGGGAACUUGGCUGACUCGACUUGGCUGACUCAACUUGGCUGACUCGCCUUGGCUGACUCGGAUUGGCUGACUCGCCUUGGCUGACUCGAUUUGGCUGACUCGAUCUGGCUGACUCAACUUGGCUGACUCGCCUUGGCAGACUCGAUUUAGCUGACUCGAUCUGGCUGACUCGACUUGGCUGACUCAAUUUGGCUGACUCGACUUAGCUGACUAAACUUAGAUGACUGAUAAUCCAAUGUGAUAGCAGUAAAAGGAGUAAUCCAAAGUGACUGAAAACAACCGACUGAAGUGACUACGGUGACUAAUGCGUCAACGAGACAGAUACAAACGACAAAACGUGACCUUAUAAAUGUGAUUAAUAUGUUAUAGUGUGAUUGUAAUGACUGUGAUGUGAGAAUUUAUAUUCUACUUUUCACAAUAAAUAUCUAUUAAGACAAUUAUCUAUGGAGAACACACGAAUAUAUAUUUUGUUCUCUUGAUCUCACUGCAUAUCUGUUCACUCGCCUGUCUACAGGGGACUGGCUUAGAAUUUCCAUGUUCUAAUUACGCUGCGCUGCCGAAAAAAGACGAAAGACGUCAAUUAAGUAUAUGAAAAAAACUGGAUUUGAGGAAAAACAGGAUACAGAUUUUGUGUUCUAAUAUUUGUCAUUCUGAAACUAGUCAUAUAUCAAUUUGUAUAUAUUUUUUAUGUUAUUCAGCACAUAUUCUGUUGUUAACAAGCUUUAAGAGACAUUACAUAAUAAAAAAAAAGUUCUCGAGAGCAUAACUUUCCUUGAAAUAUAAUGACGUUUUGGUCAUAUAUUUUCGAGGGCAUUUGGAAAUCGGGACUGAGUGGAUAAAAUGCUUAUAAUUUGGAAAUGAUUUUUGAUGCGUUUUCACUUGCAAUGCUGAAGGAAAGCUUAAGUUGGUGCGAAAUUCCAGACUCGCUUAUUUGCAAAUACACAUAAACACAAAAUAAGGCGCAUUAAGUCUAUAUUACAAGUUCCGUCUCUUUCUGACGUAAGGUACCUGUAUCAUAGAAAACGCAUUUUUGGCUUUUUUGCGGCAGUGCACCUCUAGAACUAUUACAGGAACACGACGAGGAAAGGCUGGAGUCACUGUUGAAGCGGUGCGUCUGUUGAUCAGCUGAGCCAACAACACAGUGACCCUGCAAUAUUUUUGUGCAUGCAGAACCAAGAUUUUAUCGUUCUUUGAAACAGUAACCGCAAAGAAUGAAAUGGAUUUAUUUCUAUCAUUGUUCCGUGAUUGUAAAUAAACAUUUGAUCCUGUC